AUGCAAUCUGGAGGCCGCGUCGAGAUCGCUUCUUGUCGCGUUUGCGACCGCCUCUUUCGGCCUCGUACUGGCGAUGCUAGAGAAUCGCGUAAAUUAAGGUUAGUCUGUGUAGUGGAUGUAAAAUCUCUUCAAGUAGAUUGUCAGCUUAUCUGGGCUGGUGGACUAUCCUGAGCGGGCUUUUCCUCGUGGAGGUCAGUCAAUGGGAAUAAACUAAGGGGAAUAAACUAAGAGGAAAAACAAGACAAGUCACUCAACCUGGGAUCGUGAUCACCGACUACUAUCUUUAAGUAGGCUGCACAUCUUGCAGAUGGUGAGAAAUUCUGGAUGCCAUGCGCAUUUCUGCUACGGUGUCAAUGACCUGGGUAUGGAUCGCAACGGCCUCCAGGCCGCGAAAGAUAGGGCGAUUGCGUCGGGACGAGGACGAGGGGGCGCUUCAUCUAAUGCUGGUAAUUCCUCCUCUACUGCUCAACAACGUUAUUCUGGAUCGGGAGCUCCUGGAGGAAGGAACAAUAAUCAUCCGAAUCUUCGCGCUGGUACUGGUACAACCAGUACUGGGACUACGGCUUCACCUGCAACUACGGCGAAUCACAAUCAUGGCACCAAUGCAACUACUUCUACCACAACUACUAGUGUUCAUGGUGGAGGUGGUACGAACAACAACAACACCAAUGGUAGUACAAGUGACGACCCUGCUGCUGGUCUCGUUCGUGGGAAUCCAUCGGACUUAGGCAGCCUCGAUGGUCGAUCUUGGAAGACCUGUGUUCUCAAUAUUAAGGCCAUACUAAGACGAACCCUAAAAGCUCGGCCCUAACUAGAGUGUUCACGGCAGGCGAGCGCCAUGAAUAUUGCUCACCUCCAUCUACGUGGUCUACACUGACAAUACAGAGGGACGUCUUCUACUUGUGAUCUAUUAGGUUUAGCCGUUUAUCAUUUGGAAAUCGUGACUCAGUAAAUUGCUGGGUUGCUAACGUCAUUUCUAACAAUAGCGACUCUCGCAGUACCUUGGAGAAGGAGCUGUAUUCUCUCGCCAAGGGAGGCCGUUAUCUGGACAAGCUGAAAUUCUUGAUCGACGACGACGAGUUAAAGAGGAAGAUGAGUAUGGCUCUUUCAACAAGGAUAGAAGCGCUCAAAGCACUAAUUAUAACAACCGGUUAGAGUUUGUACCUCUGUAGAGAUCUAGCUCCUCUUCUUCUAACCUAGGUUUAUGCCUUCAUGCAAAAUAAUACUUAUUGGGACUACUUUCAUCAUUGAUUGUGGUAUCUUAUUGAAACUCUAAGGCCAACAACAACAACAAGAUUGCUGGACUACUCACUUCUUUUCCACUACUCUUAUAUACAGAUGCAUAAGUUGUAGCAUAAAAAGAAAUGCACGAAACGUGGAAUAAUUACAACUGGUUCUACAAUGUGGCUUGCCCUCUAUCCUCUAAAAUAUGCAUCGACCUAAACGGUGGAGGCGAAGAUGGCUAUACCCCGUUGAUGACCGCAUGCGAAGCCGGUCAUUUACAAGUUGUGCGUCUGUUUGUGGCAACCUUGCUCCGGGAAAAUAGUGAAGGAUCAGCACAGAUCUUCGGAAGUAUAUUUGCGGUAAAGAAUGGAGAACAUGGAGCACAUCAAGAUAAGAUUAAGGCUUCAGUAGUAUAACAAGACUACAUCCUUAGCGUCAUCGUCCUUACCUCUUACAAUUUUUCUGAGUUCUAUUUUCAUAAAAAGGUAGAAGGGAAUUGUCUAGGUUGUACUUUAUAGAAGAAAGACAAGGAUGCUCCUAUCUUCAUUCAAGGAUGCCAAUCGUCCGGUAGCCUCUCUAAAAGUGAAAGCUUAUUUCAUCACUCAGGGAUGCCAAUCGUCCGGUAGCCUCUCUAAAAGUGAAAGCUUGUUUCGUGUCAAUUCCGUACUAGCUUCUCUAAUAGCAAGGCCUUCCGCAAAAGCGAUUAUCGAAUGGAUCUUUCUCGAAAGAAUUCAUAUGGCCAAACAGCUUUGUCUCUGGCCGCGACACGCGGACAUGCUGACAUUGUCGAAGCUUUAUUGGAUGCUUUCAAAUCGUUGAACAUGCAGCUUCCCUUUGGUUGCGCUCUAACGAAUCAGUACAUUGUUAAGGGUUACCAAAUUGCAUCCUUCCUACCAUUCUUGACUUGCUUGCUAAUAGGAAUGAUGUUGCUAAUAGGAAUGAUGUCUGAAGAAUGUAAUUGCGCAACCUCCAACAUUGACAAUUGUCGCCGUUUUCUCGAGACGGAUCGACCUGCGGAGAAGGCUCGAAAGUUGGGGCAUCUAGCGAUAGCGAAUAAGAUCUCGGGUUUUGCAGCUAAAUGGCAGAGGAUGGCCUUAGAACAAGCUUUAGACACCGUUAGUAAGAACUUGAGCUGCAGUGUAGAAGUAGAAACCGUUUUUAGUAAUAAAAACGCCUCUCCUGGUCCUGGUGGGCCUCCUGGAGGAAUUUUUUCCGGACCAGUAGGCGGGACUAGCACUAGUAUCUUCGGACGAUUCGCGGGUAGCGGAGGAAGUACAACUUGUGGCCUUUUUGGUGCUGCACCUCAACAACCACGAGAUACAAUCUUCAACUUCUCCGCUACCUCCAGAGUUUCUACGGUUUCCACCUCCACGGCAUCUGAGACUUUUAGUGCAACUACACCGGGAGGAUCUUCUACUAGCACAUCGGGAACCAGUACACCUGAAGAUGGUGCUGGAAAUGCUGCCACUUGCGACUCCCUCGCGCAACGUUGCGUUGCAGUAUGCAAGGCAGCAGGUGUGAGUGUUGUUGUCCAGAACGACGAUGGGGAUGCCGAGACGGACUACGGAGAGACGGCUCAAGAUCAUUAAGGCUUCACCUAAAGAUAAGUAAUCUCUCUCUUCUAUGUAUCUAUAGGGUGGAGGAUCUGUCUCUCAAGUCACUAGUAGUCUCAACUAGUGGUCUCAAAUAGUACACAGUACAUAUUUAUAAGGUUAUUAUUUUAUAUUAUAUGCUUGAUGGAUCAGAAUGCACCACAUCAAGGGAUGCGCAUGGGUGCAAAAAAGAGGGAAGCUGUCGCUCUAGAUUUCUAUUAAGAAUGAUUUUGCAAAGUAGAGACCAGCUCCAUCUGUGCCUUGAUUUCUAAGAAAGUCAAAGUACUUUGUGCGAAAUCUGUUAUGUUGGAGAGCGGCAGUAUGCCUUCGUGCCCUGCUUCCAUGCGAAGUUUUGCAAAGACUGCGCAAACGAGUGCUUCGAAAGUGCAGGCACGUGUCCGAUAUGCAGAACAAAAUGCACUGACAUUCAACGCAUUUAUUUAUGAACGACCUGAAGGCAUUUUGAAAAGUUCGAGGUCGUUUUGAACGACCUGAAGGCAAUUUCAGCCAAUACUUUGAAACGUCCUAGGUAUACUUUAUUAUUAUGACUUUACAUCAAGACAGAAGCGGAUGCAAUGGCUUUUCGUCAUUAGUAGUCAAUACUCAUACAUCAAGGGGAACAACUGUUAAAUACUAUGAAUCCGUUGAAGGCAUUAUUACUCUUUUUACCUAUGAACCUGAAGGCCGUUAUCUACCUCCGUGUGAACCUGGGCGCAUUGAUUUGUGAACAUGAGCAUUGUCUAGGUUGAGCAUCAGUUUUGUUGUUUUGAUAUAGUCACUACGCAAUGAUCCGUCCAAUGUGUAUUUGAUGUUUCAAAAUCAUUGUUGUUUCGAACUUCUAGACAAAAAUCAUAUUAUACUUAUAGUUAGCAAAUAAAUUUGAGAAUAAGCAGUACAUACAUUCAGAAACUUUUUGUGCAUGGCCGAGUUGAAGGUUUUUUUCUCAUCUAUUUGAAUGAAUUCCAUAACAGUAUCGUUAUUAACAUAUUAAGGGACUGUCUCAAUCAUGACUCCUAGUUGUUUUCUUCAACGGAUGUUGGGCGCUCGAGGAAGUGUAUACUGCCGAUGCUUGCCCCUGCGAUGGCUCAAGGGUGAGUACUUCUAGGAGCGCGACAUCAUUCAUAUUUAUUAAGGAUCGUCGUACUGAUUGGACUGUCGUACUCGUAUACUGACUAGUAUAGAAUUUUCACUUUGUGUGGCGUACGUAUAUCAUUUGCCGCAGAACAAGAAUUACCUAAUUCCUAACAGAGGUGGUCGCCAACUCAAGACUACCAUGCUGCGCCUUUCUAUUCGCAAUUGUAUCUUUGUAAGACGAGCACAAUUGAAUCCAUUCCCAUGACUGUCACGAGCGCUUGAAUUUUAUUUGGACACGACUCAAGGUUGUUCUUGUUGAUACGGACCAGAAGAAAAUCGGACCUGGUCUUGGCGUUUGUUUCUUUGUGCUAUGAUGUUGAAGACUUUUACAGCAGGCACACUUUUCACCCUCAAGAAUGCUACGGCGCUCUGUAACUACCAAUGCUAAGCGGUGUAUUUUUAUGAGUUCGUUGUUUAUCCCCGAUUCAUUUUCAUCUUCAAU